UAAAAUGCCUCCAAAAAAGUAAAAGAUUGAUCAAUUUUUCGAAUCAAAGGAAAAAAAAUCAGAAAAAAAGGAAUAGCAAUAAAAUAAUGCUUCUAAAAUUAUUGAGGAGGAAUACAAAGUACUUCUUUUCAUAAAUGUAUAAGCCUGUCCCUGAAGGUAUUGUUCCUUUUGAUGAUUUUUAUAAUGGCUUGUUCAGUUGGUAAAAGAGUUUAAAAAGCUAAGAAGCCAACCUCAAACACAUUUAUGAAUUCAUCAAAAAAGAAUAUUAGACUAAUACAUGUUACCCUCCAUUUGAGAAAAUAUUCAAUGCAUUCCAACUUACUCCCAUCAACAAGAUUAAAGUGGUAAUCGUUGGACAAGACCCUUACAUCAAUUAAAAUGAAGCUAUGGGAUUGUGUUUCUCAGUCCCUCGUUCAUAGACAAAGAUACCUCCCAGCCUAAAAAAUAUUUAUAAAUUACUUCAGACUGAUAUAAAAGGAUUUACCACUCCAAAUCAUGGUGAUCUUACCAAAUGGGCUCAAUAAGGAGUAUUUUUACUUAAUACAGUGUUGACUGUUGAAGCUGGAAAGUCUAAUUCACAUAAGGAUUGCGGGUGGAUCAAAUUUACAGAUUAAGUGAUUGAAGUUAUCAAUAAAGAAUGCAGUGGAUUAGUUUUCUUAUUGUGGGGAUUGCCAGCCUAAAAGAAGGCCAAGGGAGUGGAUAGAAAAAAACAUUACGUAUUAGAAACAGUUCAUCCAAGUCCAUUGUCCGCAAAAAAUGGUUUCUUUGAGUCAAGUAAUAAAAUAUUUAAAUGAUUAGAUCACUUCUCAAAGUGUAAUUAAUAUUUAAUUCAGAAUGGAAAAGAACCCAUCGAUUGGACUUUGGAUUGAUAAUAUAAAAUUAUAAAUGAAAAUUUG